GAAGGGUGGAUAAAGUAUAAGAAAUUGUACGGUCAUAUUGUCCAAUAAAUCGGAGUAUUUGUAGCUUUCUUCACACUCGGGCACAUUGUUUGCAAACUGCAAUGGAAUAUUUUUUUGGAAAAAAGGAAAUUGUGCUCAAACCGGCACCAAGUAUCAAAGAUGGAUAUACGUAUCUUUGUGAUGGCAUGAGGGGCGUACUGAUUUCUGAUACAUAUGUAUCUCAAUGCGAACGCAUCAUCCAAUGCUAUAUGAAAUCGUGUCAAAAGAUCAGUUCUCAGCAGCGUGCUGCAAUGCAAACAAAAAUCAUAGGAAUGUACUUGGAAAAUAUUGGUUGGUCGCGUUACAAGAAUAACCUUAAGGAGUGUGACUAAGGCAGAUUUAAAGGAACCUAUAGAUAUUUCUAACUGGCUUUAUGGAGCUGUUAUUUUAAUAUUUCUUUAUUUUAUAUAUCCCAUAAUUUUUUAAUUGUAAAUUAAAGCUACUAAAAAGAGUAAACACAAAAAGCUUUAUUACAGAGCGCGACAAAGGCGCAAUUUCAGAGCGCUUUCUUGCUCUCUCACUCUCUGUGAGCUUUUGCUCCUCGUUUAUGUUUCUGCGCUUGUGCUCUCUACCCGGGGACCGAGCACGACCGCCCACCCGUCCUGCCCUACAUUGCGGCUGGCCGACGCUCUGCUUAUCCUUGGGACUAGCACCCCAAUGUCUUGGCCCGGCCUUAUCCCCGGCUUUCACUUCCGGAACUUUGCUGCCGACGACAACAACAAACCGACAAAGCGAGCGGCAGGCACACUGCACUUGCAACUGAGACGCUGAGAGAACAUAAUCACUGCCUGCCCCGCCAUCCGCCGCCCGCUGACACUGCAAAUCGGUAGGAGAGAUGCUGUAGACAGGGCUCCCUCCUGGCUGGGCGCCCGCUGGCCAUGGAACGGUAGCUGCAGACUGCGGACUGCGGUAGAGAACCACUAUAGACGGGACGGGCCGGUGCGAUGUUUGUGAUGAGCAUUUGGGGCACCAGCCUGAGCCUGAGCAGCCGCAGCCUGGCCAUUGCUUUGGUACUUUGCGUUACGCUGUUGUACAUCUCGUACAGUUUCAAUGCCUGCCUGCUGGCCAGCAUCAGCCGCAGCCUCCAGCAGAGCAACUUACGCAACCUGCUGUCACUGACAUCUACCCCCCGCAACGAAAGCAGCAGCAACAGCAGCAGCAGCAACGAUUCUGCCACACCCGCUUCUAAUCCAUCGAACAACAGCAGCAACACCACUAACAGGAGCAUCAGCAGUGUCCCAGCCGCUGUGGGGAUAGCGAACAGCUCGGAUGGCUCGCCCAAGUAUCAGUUGCUGCGGCAGCCGGGUCUGCGUCCGUCGCGACACCUGCCCGACACGCUCAUCAUUGGCGUGAAGAAGAGCGGAACGCGCGCCCUCCUGGAGUUCAUUCGACUGCAUCCGGAUGUGCGGGCGGCCGGCUCCGAAGUGCAUUUCUUCGAUCGACACUAUCAGCGUGGGCUGCGCUGGUACCGACACCACAUGCCGUACACCAUCGAGGGACAGAUCACCAUGGAGAAGACGCCGAGCUAUUUUGUGACCAAGGAGGUGCCCCAGCGGGUCUACCACAUGAACACGGCCACCAAGUUGCUGAUUGUGGUGCGGGAUCCGGUGACGCGCGCCAUUUCAGACUAUACCCAGGCGGCCAGCAAGAAGGCGGAUAUGAAGCGGUUCGAGCAACUGGCCUUUGUCAAUGGCAGCUACUCGGUGGUUGACACCAAUUGGGGGCCCGUAAAAAUCGGAGUGUACUCGCGCUACCUGGAGCGUUGGCUCCUUUACUUUCCGCUCUCCCAGCUGCUCUUCAUCAGCGGCGAGCGUCUGAUUAUGGAUCCCGCCUACGAGAUCGGACGCGUUCAGGACUUUCUCGGUUUGAAGCGUGUGGUCACCGAGAAGCAUUUUUACUUCAAUGCCACCAAGGGUUUUCCAUGCUUGUUCAAGUCCGAGGCACGAUCCACGCCCCACUGCCUGGGCAAGACAAAGGGGCGCAAUCAUCCGCAUAUCGAUCCUAGUGCCAUCGAGCGGCUGCGCGAAUUCUACAGGCCAUUUAACAAUAAGUUUUAUCAACUGACGGGGAUUAAUUUUGCCUGGGCAUAGGAGUAGGAGUAGGGUCCCUACUUUCGAAGUUCAAGGAUUGGAGGGCAGUGGGAAAAGGCACCUUGUUGUUGCCCAAUGUGGCAACGGACUGAUAUUGUUGAUUGCAUUUUUUGAUACAUAUAAAUUGUACUUAUCUAGUAUACAAACACGUACCAUAUAUGGAUAUAGCUAUUUAGAUGAUAUAUAUAUAUAUAUAUUGUACACACACACACACACACACUCACAUAUGUAUAACCGGAUCUCGCAGGAGGCGUGAGAUUAUUGCUCAAUUAUUGGUAGCUUUAUCAGAAGACAAAUUCAACGAUAAUGGUUCCUCUCUUCAAACUCAAACUCAAAUAAACCCAUGCACACACUAUAUACUCGAACAUUCUACAUAUACCUACCAUAACAUACUAUAUACAACAUACUAUACUAGGUAUAUACACCUAUAGAGAACAAAUAGAGCUUACUAU